AUGAUCAACUAUUACAACUACGUACUGCAGAUUCUGAUGCUCUUCCUAUCGCUGCAAUCGUCGGAAUGUCGACACCAUGGGCAUGGCCAAGGCAAGGUUGCUCGGGCAAAGAAGGAUCACAAUUAUAACGGCCUUGGACGGAUUAUUGGCGGCACUGCGGCAGAUCCGAACGAGUCACCGUUCCAAGUGUCCAUACAAUACGAGGCGAAUCAUGUUUGUGGCGGAGCUAUUUUAGCUCCGACUUGGAUUGUUACUGCGGCACAUUGUCUUGUGAAAAACGUCACCGUUGUGGUGGGCGUUUAUGACCUUAAGGAGGUCAAUGAAGCCUUUAGGUAUGAAGUAGAGGAGAUGUUUCAGCACUGCAGCUACGAAGACGAAAAAAUGAAUCACGAUAUUGGAAUGAUAAGGACAACGAAACCUAUAAGUUUUAAUGAAAAGGUUGCAAUGAUUCAACUCGCAACAGAGCAAUUGGAACCCUACGUAGAGCUGCGACUAAAUGGAUGGGGGGCCACUAAAUAUGAAAUUAUACCAACAGACACAAUAUUCCCGGACAUUGAUACUGAAUUCCCCACAAUAAAGCAGGCAAUGACAUUUAAGUUUUGGCCACGAGAAAGAUGCCAUAAAAUAUGGGUGGAAAAAGGAUCCAAGCAUGGUGUGGACGAGGAUGCAUUAUGCGCUUACAAUUCAAUAGGUCAUGGAGCAUGUAUUGGCGAUUCGGGAAGCCCUCUGGUAUACAAUGGAACAGUGGUAGGCCUUGCCAGCUAUGUGUCAGCCUGCGCUCGCGGCCUUCCCGAUGUUUUCGUGAGCACGUUCAUCUAUCAUGAUUUCAUACGCACUUUAAUGAACGACUGCCCAAGAAGACAGAUGGAUGGCGAUUCAAAAGCACACAACGAUAAGAUAACAAAACCUAUAAAAAUACCCAAACUAAAACCACGAUGCGCCAGAUCACAUUCUGGGCGCUGCACAAAAUCAAGGCGGACUAAAAACUAGCACAAUUAGCAAAACGGUGCAUAAAAUAAAUACAUAUACAUGUUUUUUUCGCUGUACCCGCAAAUAUAUUAAACAAU